AUGAUAAAUGAUGAGCUAUAUCUCUUGAGGGAAGCUUAUCAUGAACUGCAAAAUCCGUUCCUACUGACGGAACUCAAGGCUUUAAAACAGCAGCAUUUGGGACUUAGCGACACAGUAGGGAUGAUGAAAACGGUCUUCAGUUGGCAACUCAUUUCUACGAUAAUUAUGACCUUCAUUCAAAUCACUGUCCAUUUAUACUAUUCGUUAGUGCAAGUAGUACAAGGAGUGAAUCUGAACAAUCACGAAAAACAGUACUAUUCUGAGAGUUAUACAAGCUCAAUACCAGUUGUAACAUAUUACAGUAUAAAACUAUUGUUGAUAAUAUGGGCUUGUCAAUCCGCCAAAAGUCAAGCUGUUGAAAUCAACACCACCGUUCUUCACGUAUUUAACAGCAUCAAUGAUAAGGAAAUAAAAUACGAGUUGCGGCUAUUUUCAUUGCAAUUAAUGCAUCAUAAAAUUAUGUUCUCCGCAACGGGAUUUAGUGUGGAUGCUACACUUCUCGUUACGAUGAUAGAUAUCAUUGUCACGUACCUAUUAAUUUUGAUACAAUUCGUAUUUAUGUCGAAUUCUUGUGAUGGAGAAGCUUCAACUUGUUUUAAACAAAUCAAUGAUAGUCUGAUGAAUUUUCGAGAAUUCAUGACAAACGGUGAGCUAUAUUUCUUGAGACGACCGUAUCAUAAACUGAAAAAUCCGUUCCUACUGACGGAACUUAAGGCUUUAAAACAGCAGCAUUUGGGACUUAGCGACACAGCUUGUUUCAAGAGAAUCAAUGAUAAUCUGGAGCACAUGCAGGAACUUAUAACAGAUGAUGAGGUGUAUCAUCUCGGCAAGAUGUACCAACAAAGGAGUUUAUUGUUACUGACCGAAUUAAAGGCCUUGAAAAAGCAGCACCAAACUAUUAGUAAUACAGUGCAGAUGUUGAACAUGAUUUUCAGUUUGCAGCUCCUCAUUAGUAUAAUUAUAACUUUUGGCGAAAUCACGUUUCUAUUCUACUUUCAUAUAUUGUAUUGGCAAAGCAACAUAUCCAUGAUCAACGUAGAUGAUAAUAUCUAUACCACGUUUAUGACAAUGUGCAUAACGUAUUAUUUUACAAAAAUAUUGUUGAUGGUGUGGGCUUGUGCGACCGGAAAGGAUCAAGCUCUGCAGAUUGGCACUACUGUUCAUGACGUGCUUAACAUUACCGGCGAUAAAAAAAUCAAAAGCGAGGCUGUACCUUCAUGA